AUGAAAGUUUUGGGGCUGGUUUUUAAAAAAAAUAAAGAAAGAAUAAUUGAUACGGAUGAUGUUGUUGGUGAGAAGUUUAAGUUGGGAAGGAAGAUUGGGAGGGGAGCUUUCUGUGAAGUUUAUGCAGGUGUUAAUCUUCAAAGUGGGGAAGAAGUAGCUAUUAAGCUGGAACCUGUCACAACGGAGCAUCCUCAACUGUAUCAUGAAUCAGAAAUAUAUAAACGUCUCCAAGGAGGAGUGGGAAUACCGAGCCUGAAGUGGUUUGGAGUUGAGAGGGGGUACAAUAUAAUGGUUAUUGAGCUUCUUGGACCAAACCUCCAAGAACUUCUGGACAGAUGUGGUGGAAAGUUCAGCUUGAAGACAGUUUUAAUGCUUGCAGAUCAACUAAUAGAAGCAGUGGAGUGUAUGCAUGAUAAGGGUGUUAUUCACCGUGAUAUAAAGCCUGAAAAUUUGUUAAUGGGUUUGGGGAGCAAUGUUUGUCAGGUGUACAUUACAGAUUUUGGCCUUGCAAAACUUUAUAUAGAUCCUGAGACAGAUGAACACAUAUCAUAUAGGGAACAUAAAAGUUUCGUAGGCACUCAUCGCUAUGCGAGUCUGUAUACACACUGUGGUGUCGAACAAAGUAGACGUGUUGAUGUAGAGUCUCUUGGUUAUGUUCUUGUGUAUUUCCUAAAAGGAAGGUUAGAGCAAGAAAGGUAUAACAAUUAA